GAGGCAGUAACGGUCGCUGACGUCCACGCGCAUGCGCAGUAGCACUCAACACAACCGCAAUAAGCAAACAUGGCGGCGGCCGUCGACAGUGUUGUGAAAGUGCUGGGAGAGCAGUAUUACAGAGAUGCCAUUGAGCAGUGUCAUAGCUACAACGCUCGUCUGUGUGCCGAGCGCAGCAUCCUCAUGCCUUUCCUGGAUUCUCAGACUGGUGUGGCCCAGUCCAACUGUUACAUCUGGAUGGAGAAGAGUGACCGGAGUGCGGGUGUAGCUCCGGGCCAGCUGUACACUUACCCAGCCCGUCGCUGGAGGAAGAAACGGCGUUCUCAUCCCCCGGAGGACCCCCGCUUAGCCUUCCCCCCUCUCAAAACAGCAGAAUUGGAGCUGGGUCUGAAGCGCGAUGCCUUGGAGGCAGCGGAUGGCAGCAGUCUGGAGGCCCUGCUGAAGGCGGAGCCCAUUGAAAAGAAGAGCGGCGUGUCGGACCUUCAGGGCCCUGAAGAAGACUCGGCUGCUGUGGAGCCUCCUGCCACCUCGGCGACCACUCACACAUCCUCUGGGCGCGUCCGCAAGAGAGUCCUGGACCACGAUGACUACUUGGACGACCUGGACGAUGACGACUUUGAGGACGAGACCCCGAAGAGACGAGGCAAGAGCAAGUCCAAGGGGCGCAGUGACAAGAAUGGCAAGAAAAAACAGGAGGCUGCGGCCGCAGCGCUGGAGGAGAGGGACAAGCCGUACGCCUGCGACAUCUGUGGGAAGCGCUACAAGAACCGCCCUGGACUGAGCUACCACUAUACACACUCUCACCUGGCCGAGGAGGAAGGCGAGGACCGCGAAGAGAUCGAGGCUCCUCCCACUCCUCGCAAGCCUGAGGAGCAGAAGACAACUAAGAAGGGUCCCAACGGGCUGGCGCUGCCCAACGAUUACUGCGACUUCUGUCUGGGAGACUCGACUUUAAACCAGAAGACUGGCCAAUCAGAAGGGCUGGUGUCCUGCUCAGACUGCGGACGCUCGGGCCACCCAACAUGCUUGCAGUUCACACCGGUGAUGAUGGCUGCAGUGAAGACCUACCGCUGGCAGUGCAUAGAGUGCAAGUGCUGCAAUGUUUGCGGCACCUCAGAGAAUGAUGACCAACUGCUGUUCUGUGACGACUGUGACCGAGGCUACCACAUGUACUGUCUGAGUCCCCCCAUGACGGAGCCACCAGAGGGGAGCUGGAGCUGCCACCUGUGCCUGGUUCUGUUGAAGGACAAAGCCUCCAUAUACCAGCAGAAUCAGAGCUCCACACCUGAGUGACAUCAUAUCAACACGCCCCCCCCCCCCCCAUGGAAACAUCAGACCUCCUCCCAGUCCAGACCACCGGGCUCUGUGCAGAUGUAGCUGAGCCAGAUUGCAGAUCAGCUUUAGAAGUCUUAAUAUCGACUGUCGGUCAACGUGGAAAUAAAUGUUAUCACUACCAACCUGCCUCCAAACCCCUGCAGCUUGCCAUCAAACACAUACAUAUUUUUUAGUAUAUACAGUAUAGACACGCACUCUCUUCAGGACUGUUACACACACUAUAUACAGAGAGCAUGCAGUAACCACAGUAAUGGCUAUCUCCAUGGGAGUUCCCACGAGCCUCACAGCUAAUUAUCUGCACGCUUUCACACUUAAAGACAGUGUGGACUUUCGAGACGACCCUGUUUUAUUUCUGCUAAAUUAUCUAUUUUUACUCUCUGAAUGUGGGAGAAAGAAGAAGAAAAAACCCACCACUUAUACAGUCAAGGAAUAUUAUUAUUAUUACUACUAUUGUUAUUGUUCUGGUUACUAGUCGACCUUUGUAGUGGCAUUUGUUUGUGUACUUUUGUCUGAUCCAUUGGAGCGUAAAUCUUUGAAAGGUGUCCCUGAGGGGAGCCGGUCAGUGCCAAGAUCCACCGUCAUAAGAAAUACACACAGCAAGUACCCAUGGAGUUUAUCAUAACCACAUCUUUGUUUUUAUUUUAAACCAGUGGGACAAAGAUGAAAACAAAAAAAAUCUUAAAUUUUUCCAAACAAAAAUCUUUGUCUUUGGCCUUGCUUCUUUAGCGUGGCACCAAAACCAACUUUUCCCCUCUGGUCCAGUGACUGGUUGGAUCCGUUACCGUAACCCAAUACAUCAGAGCAUAGUACUGCAAGUUGAGACAUCAACAGAGCUAACAUUGUCUUAUUUUGAAAAACAUGACUUUUAAUUAGUCCGAUAAUGCCGUUCUUUUUGAAAGAAACCGACCAAUACCUGAAACUAGUAAUCACAAAGGUGCAUCGUUUUCUCAAAGAUGUUUUGUGGUAGCUUUUAAGAAACAGUUUUUCAGUGACAUCACCCUUCACAAGUCAACAUCUGCUGUUAAACUGAUGACACAGUAUCUUAUAUAGACUGUAGCUGCUUUUAUCAUUUGUCACACUGAGGCAGAUUUGCAUGCAUAUUGCACCUGUAUGAAUGCACACGCCACAAAUGUUUGUUUGUUUUUUGUGCUUUUUUAAAACAUUUUAUAUUACCUGAUAUUCCAUUGGUAUUGGGAGUUUUUUCUAGUAGAAUUUUGUAAAGUCUAUGGUAUAGCAAACACUUCAAUAUAGCUCCUAAUGCAUUCUCUGUACUGUAUUGACUUUUUCUAUUUUUGUUAUGACUGACAUGUUUGAAUUUAUUUGAUUAUUCUGAUAUGUCAGACCUCCAUGAUGAGUAUUUGUAGAAUUAUGUACUUUGUUGUACUAUUUUUAUUUUUUACAUUUCUUUGGUAUCAAAGCCAAUUUAGCUUGACUGAAAUAAAAAUCACUUUGAAUUACA